AAAUUAGUCGCCAUCUUUACUUCUAUCUUUCAAUCCAAUCGCCUCUACGAAUAUUGCGGGCGUUUCGUCGCCGUAUUUUCAAUGUUUUACUUAUGUAAACCACUAUUUCGCUCCACAAACGAAGCGUAAACCCGUUCGUGAAUCUCGGUUAAAAGUUAAGUGCGAAAAUGAGUUUUUUCGGGUUCGGACAAACGGCUGAUAUCGAAAUAGUGUUCGAUGAUGCUGACAAACGGAAGGUGGCUGAAGUGAAAACUGAGGAUGGCAAGAAGGAGAAGCUAUUACUAUACUACGACGGGGAGACGGUGUCGGGGCGCGUGAACGUGACGCUCAGGAAGCCGGGCUCCAAGCUCGAGCACCACGGCAUCAAGGUCGAACUGAUAGGUCAGAUCGAGUUGUUCUACGACAGAGGGAACCACCACGAGUUCAUAUCGCUAGUGAAGGAGCUCGCGCGGCCGGGGGACCUACUCCAGCACACGUCGUAUCCCUUCGAGUUCGCGAAUGUGGAAAAGCCUUAUGAGGUUUACAGCGGCUCUAAUGUCAGACUACGCUACUUGCUUCGAGCGACUAUCGUCAGGCGGCUCACGGAUGUCAUAAAGGAGGUGGAUAUUGCCGUGCAUACGCUUUGUAGCUACCCUGACGUGCUCAACUCCAUCAAAAUGGAGGUUGGCAUAGAAGACUGUCUCCACAUAGAAUUCGAAUACAACAAGUCCAAGUAUCAUUUGAAAGACGUGAUUGUUGGCAAAAUAUACUUUCUACUUGUACGCAUUAAGAUUAAACACAUGGAAAUAUCCAUUAUUAAGAGAGAGACGACAGGGUCCGGGCCAAACACUUUCACGGAGAACGAAACUGUUGCGAAGUAUGAGAUUAUGGACGGAGCUCCAGUUAGAGGAGAAAGCAUUCCAAUUAGGGUCUUCUUAGCCGGUUACGACCUCACGCCGACCAUGAGAGAUAUAAACAACAAAUUCUCUGUACGGUAUUUCCUAAACCUUGUUCUGAUGGACACGGAAGACAGGAGGUACUUCAAACAGCAGGAAGUGACUCUAUGGAGGAAAAGUGACAAAUCUAGACUCCCAUUGCAUAAUCCACAUUUGCCGCAAACCCUCCAGCACCCAACCAAUCCAUCAAUACAGGCACGACAGCAGUCUGCCAUCAGCGAAGAAAAUCAGAACAGGGCUGUAUCUCCAGCGAGCACACAAAACUCAUUACCCCCCAGAUCUGUCUCCCCACCGUUUCCUGAAAACAGUGAAACUCACAACGGUCCUUCAGAAAUGCAGCAGGAAUCUCCUGUAGAAGUGACGGACAAGUUAGCGAAUACACACAUUGAGGUUCACAAGGAAGAUAAACCUGUAGAGAAACCGCAGGCGGUAGAAAAACCUCAGCUGGCAGAAAAACCAGCUGUAGCAGAGAAACCACAGAUAGCCGAGAAGCCUGUGCUGACCCGACCAGACAGUACGGAAGGAAGUCAAGGUGAUCAAUAGCCAAUGUGUAAAUGUAACAUCAACGUGCAAGCACAGUACGAUGUGUCUUGCACGUUCUCAUACCUGAAAACAAUUGUUUGAAUCUGGAAGCAAAUUCCAAAAUAAUCAUAUUGAAUAUAAAAUAUUGGAGUCACCACUAGAAUCAUGAAGACUUUAUGAAGUCCCAUCUGUCCUAGAUAUCAAAUAAAUAAUUGUAAAACAAAAUAAUGUUAAUGUUGAUUCUGUGGUAAGGCUUAUUUACAUAGAUUUUUCAUUAAAUGUAGGUGUAUAUAUCAUAGAGCACUAAAUUAACUGAAGAUAUAUAAGCUCUUUAUAUUGUUUUUUAAAUAAUCAAAUAUUUUAGACUAGCAUUGCCUGUUUUAACAAAUAUUUUUUUGUAUAUUAGUUGAGACUUGUUUUAAAUAUUCAGGCCUUUAGGAUUAGAAAAUUAUGCUUUUAUAUGCCAUUAUCCAUCUAAAUAAAGUAUUCUCUCUCUAUUUUAAUAGGGAACCUUUAUUUCAGGAGAUAAAAUAUUUGUAAUUGUACCUAUAUUCAGAGUUAUUUUAUAGCAUUCUUAUCAUACGUGGCAUGGACAUUUUAUCUAUGAGGACUUCUUUCUUCUUUGUCCUGAAAAUAAAAUAUUAUAGCAAUAAAGGUUGAACUAUUAAAAUAAGAGCCAUUUUAACUGUAUUAUUAAUUAUGUAUUUCAGUUUAUGUUGCAUUAAUUAUUGUUAUACUAAACUUCUGCUAUCUCUCCUAGUGUAGCUUAUCAAAAAAUACAUUGAAGCAAUACAGUCAUUAAUAAAAAAGAAUACUGUUAUCAGAACACAGUAUUUAUAAACUCUCUGUAUGUGUGUAAAAUACCUAUUUUAUAUAGAUAAUAAUGGUUAGUACAUGACUAUAAUAUAAAUGAGUUUGAUGAUUCUUUCAACAAACAUUAAAUUUGUUUUCAUUUUAUUUCUAGAAUAAUUCGUUAUUCUUUUUGUAUGUUAUUGUUUGAGGAACUGUUCUUAUCUUUACCUAUGUAUAAGCCCGUUUAUAAAGUACUGCUGAGGGUGAUAAAUUGAUAUAGGACCUUCUCAGGUGACUUGCGAUGUUGCCAUAUAGUGCAGUCUAAUUGUCCACUCACGUAAUAUUCACUACAUACUUUAACUUAGGUCAUUGCUAUGGCGCGGUUUCUCAUUUGAGUAAAGCUACCUAA